AUGUCUCGCAACGGCCCCUACCAAUGGAUCUGCCUCCGCGCCAUCAAACCACGCCCACAAACCCGAACACUAUCCACAGAAUACUCACCACCCGAAAACACACAAGACCCCUACCCAACACCAGAUGAACCAACAGCCAAAACCGCCGACUUCAAAUCCUACCUCCAAUCCCAAGACACAAUCCACCUCUCCACAACCAAACACCACCUCAGCGCCAUCCGCCACACCGCCCAAACCAUAAAAUCCUUCGCCUCCACCCUUCCCUCCGCCUCCCGCAUCGCCCUCCUCCAACAAACCGGCACACCCCCCUACACCACCUCCCCCUUCCGCGCCGCCUCCAACAACCCCACAAUCCCCACCGCCACACUCCUCGCCGAAAUCGCCAAACUGGACAACAACCUGACCGACCUUGAGAACACGCCUUACCCAAGCGAGACGGACUCGGCGGCGGUCAGGAAGGCGGAGAAGUUUAAGAAGAAGUUGUCGCUGUGGACGAAGCGGGAGAAGGAGGAGGAGUUGGAGCGGUUGAGGGCUGCGGAGGUUAGUCAUAGGACGAGGUUUAUGAGGAGUAUGGAGGGGUUGAAGCCGCAUGUUGAGGCGCUUAAUGAGGUGGGGAGGAGGAGGAGGAGGAGGAGGGGUGGGGCUGCAGCUGGUGGGGAUGGACAGGAUGAAGGUGGCCUGGAGGGGGUUGCGAGAAAGGUGCAGACUGUUGGGCUCGGGAGCGGGGCGACGGAGAUUGAGGAUGAGAGGGAGGAGGGUGGGAGGGUUCCGAAUCCGUUUGUUGGUGGUGUGAAGCAGAAGGAAAAGAAGGCGGUGACAGAUACCGUGAAGACAAAGCAGAGGAAGACAGCUACGGACACGGUGAAUACGAGCAAGGACACAACGCAGGCGAAGGAGACAGCGCCAACGACAGCGGCAGAUGCAGUGGAGGUGCCAAAGCCGAAGAAGAAAAUGACAUUGGCAGAAAUGCAAGCGUCGUUGAGCAAGCAGGUCUCGAAUUCAGACUGA